AUGCAUCGCUCUCAGCAUGUGCCAUCACAUGAAGAUGGGACAAUUAUUGGUAAUUUCAAGUUAUUGAAAACCAUCGGUAAAGGCAAUUUUGCCAAAGUCAAGUUAGCCCGACACUUGCCGACAGGUAGAGAGGUCGCCAUAAAAAUUAUUGACAAGACUCAAAUGAAUGCUAGCGGUUUACAAAAGUUGUAUCGUGAAGUUAAAAUUAUGAAAUGUUUAGAUCAUCCUAACAUCGUGAAACUAUUUGAAGUAAUUGAUAAUGAAACGACCUUAUAUUUAAUUAUGGAAUAUGCUAGUGGUGGUGAAGUAUUUGAUUAUCUUGUUACUCAUGGUCGCAUGAAAGAAAAAGAAGCACGCUCAAAAUUUAGACAAAUUGUAUCAGCUGUUCAGUAUUGCCAUCAGAAACGUGUUAUCCACAGAGAUUUAAAAGCUGAGAAUCUUCUCCUUGAUGGAGACAUGCAUAUCAAACUAGCUGACUUUGGUUUCAGUAACGAAUUUACUCCCGGUAAUAAACUGGAUACAUUUUGUGGGAGUCCGCCUUAUGCGGCGCCUGAAUUAUUUCAAGGAAAGAAAUACGAUGGGCCUGAAGUGGACGUAUGGAGUCUUGGUGUGAUAUUAUAUACUUUAGUGAGUGGUUCUCUUCCUUUUGAUGGUCAAAAUCUCAAGGAACUAAGAGAAAGGGUAUUGAAAGGAAAAUAUCGUAUUCCUUAUUUUAUGUCAACAGAUUGUGAAAAUCUCUUGAAACGAUUCUUAAUAUUAAAUCCAUGCAAACGUAGUCAAUUGGACCAAAUAAUGGGUGAUAAAUGGAUUAAUAAUGGAUUUGAUGAUGGAGAAAUGAAGCCUUUCAUAGAACCAGAAUUUAUAUUGGAUUUUAAAAGAAUAGAUAUUAUGGAAAAAAUGGGAUUUAAUCGGGAAGAAGUAGUCGGUGCAAUAUCUAACUGCAAGUACGAUGAUCUGAUGGCCACAUACUUAUUAUUAGGCAGAAAACCAACCUCGUCACGUCCAAGACCGACAGCAUCUUCAAGUAUGAGAGAAAAACCUCGUCGGUCUUCUCAUGGUGAUAAUGCCAGUAUGCGCGUUAGACGUGAAAAGAAUCAACAAGCUAGAGAAUCUGUUACAAAAGCAACAGCUUCGCCAUCUAUUAAUAGAACUCAAGAUCACAUAAUAAAUGUUGCUAGUCCUAGCCGAUCAGCUGCACCGUUACUAUCUCCCGCUGGUAUUCGACCAGUACCAGCUGGCCCUAGUUCUUCGAUUCCACGUAAAACCGAUAAUGCUCAACCUCGAAGCGAAAUCCCACGUUUAAAGCAUAAAAAUAGGACAAAUAACGGUCAAGCUGGUUUACAUCGGCGUAAUACGUAUGUUUACGGAGAGAGACGUUCAGCUGAUGGGGCAGCACCGCCGACAGUUGAAAGUGAAAGUACUGCAACACCGUCGAGUACUAGACAUCCUGUUACUAUAGCUUCAGCAUCCGGAGGCAAAAUUGGACCACGUAAUUCUAGUGUACGUAGUACAUUUCACUUUGGGCAGCAGCGUCGUCCUCAACAGUCAGCAAACGGCCCUUCGCCUAUGGACCCCAAUCCUGCUGCUAGCCCAGGUGGCAAUAAUAACUCAGCAGCACGUACCUCUUCACUUUUAAGUAAAAUAACGUCCAAGUUUUCCAGAAAAUCAACUCCUAAUUCGAUCGAUGAUUCGGGAAAGCCACGAUCUUUACGAUUUACGUGGAGCAUGAAAACAACUAGUUCCAAAGACCCGAACGAUAUGAUGAUAGAAAUUAAGCGAGUUCUUGAUGCUAACAAUUGUAAUUAUGAGCAACGAGAGAGUUACGUCUUAUUUUGUAUUUACGCUGCAGACGAUGACGUCGAUAGUAUGGUGCAGUGGGAGAUGGAAGUAUGCAAACUUCCACGAUUAUCACUUAAUGGCGUUCGUUUCAAGCGUAUUAGUGGAACCUCAAUAGCCUUUAAGAACAUAGCUUCUAAAAUUGCCAAUGAGCUGCAAUUAUAA